GCUUUGCCGCCUGUAGGUACCUCAGCUCAGCUACCGACCAACCCGCCCAGAUCCUCAUCGGUGGACCCACAGCAGCCACUUGCGGCGGCACCAAAGCGGACAGCUCCUACCAUCACACCUUCUCCCAUACCAUCCCUCCCAAACAACAUCUCAUCCAUCAUCAACCUCAAUAUUGCAUCUGUCCGCCGAAACUCACCGGAAGGCAAAAAAAAGAGCAUUACAAAUUAGUUCUCGCGCCGCCCGAUCCAUUCGAUAAUCGCUUCAGUGCCGACUUAAGAAACCACCUUUUCCUGGGAUUACGACUUGGUCGAGCCCACCAUAUCCAACAAUAGGCAAUAGCAAACUUGUCGACAAGCAACAACCAUGGGCUCGGAUCCCCAAUACGCAAAAUGGCCGCUGUUGCCACUCGCACAGCACGUCUUUACUCUUACGAACUCGUACGCAGGUGGGGCAGCCCAACAGGCGGCGGCCAAGAGCCUGCAGGAUGCCAUCAACGAGCACAAAAUGGCCCCUCUGUACAGGUACCUGGCGCACCCGAUUGAGGGCAUCCUCAACGUCGUCGGCGAGGGUGGCUCAAGCGCUCCCGGAAAGCCCCUGAGCAGGAAGUCCAGCGCCGUCGGCAUGAUCUCCACCAACAGGCCCAUAACCAGCGUGAACCUGACCUGGGACGAGGGUCUAUACCAGAAGCUCAAGGCGGAUAAUGAUGCCGAGCUAGAGGAGUUUCAAAAGGAAGAGGACGAAGCUGUUGAGAAGGCCGGCGAGACAGAAAUUCAGGCGGCAAGGGGAAAGAGGGCUGAUUUCUGGGCGAGGGUUGGCGACAAGGAGAAAGCGAUCGCUGCCUACGAACUGGUCUUUGAGAAUACCGGCAUCCUGGGAACCAAGAUCGACUUGGUACUAGCAAUAAUCCGCAUGGGUCUUUUCUACGGCGACAAGCAGCUGGUGAAGAAGCAGGUUGAGCGGGCCAAGACUCUGGUCGAUGCUGGCGGCGACUGGGACCGCCGUAACCGCCUCAAGGCCUACGAAGGUAUCCACCUUCUUACUGUCCGCUCCUACAGCCUUGCCGCCCCUCUUCUCCUUGACAGUCUGUCGACCUUUACUUCAUACGAGCUUUGCACCUACACCAACUUGGUUGUAUACUCGGUUCUUGCCGGCUCUGUCAGUCUCAAGCGCGUCGAGUUCAAGUCCAAAGUCGUCGAUGCUCCCGAGAUCAAGGCCAUCCUAGGCGACGGUGAGGACAAGCUGCUUGCGUUGACAGGGGCCAUCUCGGCGGGUCCCGGGGCCGAUGAUGAGAUGUCCGACAGCUCGCCCAGCGGAGCUGCCGCCCCUAGCAAAGCGUCCGGCGCCACUGCUGUCGUCAACUUGACCACCCUCGGCACUAGUACUGACCAACCCGAUGCCGAGCUUGCUGUUGACUUCUCGCCGCUCGCCCAGCUUGUCAGCAGUCUGUACACGGGCAACUACAAGCAAUUCUUCCAAGCAUUGGCACUUGUUGAGGAGCAGUUCUUGACCCAGGACCGUUAUCUGCACGAGCACAAGAACUGGUUCAUUCGGGAGAUGCGGCUUCGUGCUUACCAGCAACUCCUGCAGAGCUACCGUGUUGUUGGUCUCGACAGUAUGGCCAACGACUUCGGCGUCACAAUUGAGUUCCUCGACCGCGAUUUGGCCAAGUUCGUCGCGGCUGGCCGGAUCUCAUGUACCAUUGAUCGCGUCACGGGCAACGGCAUCAUCGAGACGAAUCGCCCCGACGACAAGAACAAGCAAUAUCAGGAUGUAGUGAAGCAGGGCGAUCAGCUCAUUACCAAACUGCAAAAGUACGGCCAGGCAGUAAGGCUGCGCGGCAGCGAGAGGGCAUAAUAUCGAGGGAAUCAGGAACAAAACUGAGUGUCAGAUACCGAGGCUGGGAAUCCCGGCUCUUUAGCCUGAGCAAGGUCCAGCCAGCAUUUGUAUUCUCUCGUUCCAUAGGGGGCCAGGAUAGCUGAAACAAGGGCUCACAUGAUUUCUCACGCAUGCUUUGGCGGUCACUCUGGGCGAGAUAGACCUAGGAAGCUGGUCAGGAGACAGGCGCAAUGGAACUUGGGUGGAGGGAAAGGGGGGUCAAAUUGUGUCGUUAUCUAGAUGUAUGAUAAAUAGACAAGACAACCGAAGUAAUCCCAAGGAAGGACUUCACAUAGUGGGGUCUUUUCAAAUCUGCACUCCCGAGGAGGGGCCAAAACUCAUUUCAUGCCAGACAUCUAUUGUUCAGUUAUCUACAGGGAGAUUGGUGGCCG